UAUACGUCUGUCAAAUUACGUCUCUACCUAACUGUGAUGUAAAGCCACACAAAUCGGAUAAACGCGAAUAAAAGUGAGAAGAAAAAUUCUGAUUAGUAGCGAUUUAUUCGCUAUUAAUUUGAUUUGAACGGUUAGUGACACAGUGGGUGAGCAUCAGUGAAAAAAUGUCAUCUGAAAUUUGUUGUCGAAACAUAAUUUAAUUGAAAAACAGAACAAAAAUUAAGGAAAAUGUUUAGAUUUGUUCUAAAUGGUGGUUUUCAGCAUAACAAGAGCAUUUUGAUCCGAUCGAUUUUGUAUUCAACGAAGCAGUUACCGAAAAAUGUUCUUGCGACCGAACCGAAACCGAUUGACGAUCUUAAAUCGCGUCACAAGUAUGAUGUAAACAGAAAAGUGUCAGCCGAACAACUACAGACCCUGAAUACGGUGAGCUUUGAGGAAAUUGUAGUGCCGAACAUCGCUCAAGAGCGGCCAAAUGUGGUUAAAGAUGUGGAGACAAUCGACCAAAAGAAGCAGAUCAUCAGCUGGGAACCAACACCUUUAUGUGACCCAUCAAAGUUGACAAAUCAAUAUUUGAUGCUAUCAAAAAUUCGAUUAACUACCCUAGUCGUAAUAACAACAAUGGUAGGAUAUGCAGUGGCACCGGCUCCAUUCGAUCUGACUACGUUCGCAUAUUGCACAGUCGGCACCGGUCUGUGUUCAGCAGCGGCAAAUGCAGUGAAUCAAUAUCAUGAAGUGCCAUUCGAUGCGCAAAUGGCACGAACGAAGAACCGUGUUCUUGUUCGUGGACAACUCACACCGUUGCAUUCGAUCAAUUUUGCCCUUGCAUCAGCAACAAUUGGAACUGGUCUACUGUACUUUGGUGUGAAUGGAUACGCUGCUGCACUUGGAGCUGGCAAUUUGUUCUUAUAUACCUCAGUAUAUACGCCAAUGAAACGAUUUAGUAUUUUAAACACAUGGGUUGGAUCAGUCGUCGGAGCGAUUCCCCCAAUCAUCGGUUGGGUGGGAUGCAGUGGCACAUUUGAUGCGGGCAGUUUAUUAUUGGCGGCACUUCUGUAUUCAUGGCAAUUCCCACAUUUCAAUGCCCUAUCAUGGAACCUUCGACCCGACUACUCAAGGGCUGGCUACCGAAUGAUGGCUGUUACCGAUCCGGCCUUAUGCCGUCGAACGGCUUUGAGACACACGGUUGCAUUAAGCGUUUUCUCGGCGCUAGCGCCUAUACUUGGCGUAACCAAUAUUUGGUUUGCUCUCGAAAUGCUGCCUUUGAACGCAUACUUCAUUUACCUAGCUUAUAAAUUCUACCAAAAAUCGGACAGUGGCAGUUCACGAAAGUUGUUUCGGUUUUCAUUGAUCCAACUACCAAUGUUAAUGAUAUUGUUCUUUGUCAAUAAGAAAGAAUGGAUAAGCAAGAAAGAGACUACUAGCAAAAUGACUUCAAUAUCACAGUCGACGGAUACAUCAAUAGUUGCGCCAACGGUUAAGGCCGUUAUGUAAAUAUAAUUAAUAGGCUAUUGAUAUAUCGAAAAAUUGUAGUCUAAAAUUUGUUUCGAGCCGAUUGUUUUGAAAAUGAGACAAAACAUGAUCAAUAAAUUAUUUUUAAUUGAA